AUCAGUUUUACGGCGAACUUUAUCGUAAACAAGUUUCCUAUCAUUUGAUACAGAAAUAUAAAGAGUUAUUUUCGUAAAACUAUUUUCGCUAAAACCCGCCGAGUUGAGAAUGCGCUUUCCGGUAACUUUUUAUGUGAUGUCUGUGGUUUUUCUGACUGCAAAUACAAAAGUAGUUAAAGAUGAAGUAGACAAAGUAAUAGAACAUGAAAUAACUCGCAAACUGAGCACAGACCUGCUGCAGAGUAUUGAGAAGAAGUUCCACGUUGAUUUGGAGAGAUCGGUGGAUAUGGUGAUGAUGAAGAUAAAGCUUCUUCUGCAAAAUGGAACUCAUCAUAUACAAGAGAAGCUGCUAGAGUUACAGAGUAUGAUGGAUAUUAUCAAGUCACAUGGGGAAGAGGAAGCUAAUAAAUGUUUAGUAGAACAGCAGAAUAUAACGUCAGCACUCGCAGAGAAAACCUUGCAUCAGAUGGUGGUGUGUGGGUACGCGCUUAUUGGCCAGGAUCCCUCACAGGCCAUCAGGAAUGUCGGGGCAAUCAAGACCAUGAUCAGACAGGGCGUAAAGCCGUUAUAUGAACAUGAGAUUGAGGUUUACGAGUUGCUAAAUGUUUGUGGCCACGAACAUGACUCUUUGAGGAAGGUCAUCAAAUGCGUCAUAGCCAAGUCUCCUCUAAUUAAGUCAACAAUGAUGGAUAUAACUGGAAAACUAAUUAACGGUGUUAUGGAAUUGACAAAACUGAUGGCUCAUGGGGCAAUGCAUGAAGCUUGUCUUAUUGAAGUUAUAAAAUCUAUAGAGAAUGACGCCGUUGGUAUUAUUAACGAUAUAAGAAAGUGUGCGUACGCAAAUCUUACAUUUACAGAAGUUGACGACUAUUUGGCAGCUAAUAACGCAACUGUGUUAGAAACUGAGCAUAGGCCAAAAAAUAAAACAAAUGCAAAUGAAUAUCAAGAAAUAAUUAGAAAUGUGCUAGAAGAAGUCGAUACAAAAGCCGUGAAUGGACUUACAAAUAAAUUUAAAACGACGAAUAACAAUACAAAUGGUAAUUUUUUGUUCAACGAUGAAGUCAAUAAAGAUUAAGUAACUUUUGUAUCUUGUUUGCUGAAUACAGUUGAUGGGUAUUA